ACAAAUUCUACGUCACAUCGCCGCGGAAGAUACAAGAUGACUCCCACACCAACCUCCACGAAAGAGCACAUUGCUCGGCCGCCCAAAAAGAGGCCGCUAGCACUUUUCAACUAUACGCUCGAUUCCAUGCAAGGGUCUGAGGAUGAGCCACAAGAUCUGAGCAUGAAGAGCCGUAGGGUCACCACGCCCACGCCCGUGAUCACUACGCUCACACCCCCGCCACCUCCUGCCCAUGUCAGGAUACCUUCGAGUCCGCCUCCCGCACCACGCCCUUCCGUCUGUACCCCCCUGCUCCCGCCCCGGUCCACCCCCGACGUCAGCGCGCUGUUGGGCCUCGUCGGCGGAAGCAUCAACCUCACCACCAGAAACCCCAACAACAACAACAACAUCUCUUGCAACACCAGUGCCAGCCCUAGUUACUCCAGCAACUUCAGCAUCAACACGGAGAGCAACUUCAGCAGUAACUUCGCCGCCGCUAAUAGCAGCCUGAUGAGCAGUGCAGGCCUUCGCCUCAUCAGCGAGGUGGCUGCUGCCUGCGGGCGGCCUACGGUUCUCCGGGCGCCCGGAGGAAGCGGGGAGACGCACAGCAGUCACGCCAGCCCCUACGCGCCCCCGACGCCGAGGGACCCCCUGCGUCAUGCCAUUCGAGACCGCCAGUCAGGCGUCCGGCCGUGGCACUACCACCCUUAUCUGCCCCUCGGGGUGUACAACCUGCCCUCGCACCUCCAGUCCCCCCGCACGGCCACGAGUGCGCGGAAAGACAUGAGGGACGUGAGUAGCGCGACGGUGCGGUCCCGAGCGGGCUCCGUGUCCCCGCCGGGCGAGACGGGCUCCAGCAGCAGCGAGAGCAGUCCUGAGAUCCAGCAAGAUGGCCGAACGCCGCGCCUCUCCUGCCCAGACUGCGGCCGUCGCUACGCAACCAUGGCCGGCCUGGCCAAACACCGUCAGUUUCACUGCUUGAAGGAUGCCGGCAGAUCUUUCGGCUGCAAGCACUGCGACAAGGUGUACACGAGCCUGGGCGCCCUCAAAAUGCACAUCCGCACCCACACCCUGCCGUGCAAGUGCCACCUUUGCGGGAAGGCCUUCUCGCGCCCUUGGCUCCUGCAGGGCCACAUCAGAACCCACACGGGAGAGAAGCCCUUCCAGUGCUCACAGUGUGACCGCUGCUUCGCCGACCGCAGCAACCUCCGAGCUCACCUCCAAACGCACACCGACGUCAAGAAGUACGCCUGCCGCACGUGCCCCAAAACCUUCUCCCGCAUGUCUCUGCUGGUGAAGCACGAGGACCAUGGUUGCCCCGGGGUGAGGCCCGCACGCCCUUUGGCGCUGGCACCCGCCCCGACGGUGCCCCUGUGACGCCCAUGAAACGCCCACACUUUAUCCAGUGUUGUUACCAGUGACACUUGCAAGAUAACCAUUCAGGUGCUAAUGAAAUCGAAAUCCAAUCACCAUUUACGUGCCAUAUGUAACGGUCGUUAAGGUUAUGCUGCAAAGGAUUUGGGAAGUGCACGGUCCGGUCCACUCGUGCCAGUACGUGAAGUGCCAAAGUGUCACGUAGUUCUGAUGAAUUGCUACGUCUAGUCAUGCCACGCCCAUUGUAGGUUUGGCUGCCUCGGAAAGGGGGAAUCACAAAAUAUUCCAGAAUCAUAUAAUCUUUCACAGAAAAAUGGAAUUAUUCUCGUAUACCGCGAACGAAAACUCUUACAAACCCAAAAUUUUUCAAAGAGAAAAAAAACUGCCCUCGAUGCCACGGACAGGACAAUGGCAUUGGAAUGUGUAAAUGUCCCCGUGCAUCGCCUUCGCCCCAGGCCAGGUGUUCCCCCUUUCGAAGUCCGCCGUUCCCGAGAGCUUUACCUGAGACCCCCACAGCCAGACCGGGUCUUCUCAACGU